CUCUGAUUGGCUGAUUUUUCUCCGGUCAGCUGACACUGUUUGGGUGUAGAAGAGGAAAAUGGCAGCUGAUACCGGGAGAUACAGGAGCGCAGUGACCAAAAGCAAGGACCCUUCCAGUUUAUUAAUCUCUGUUAUAAGGACUCUGUCGAGCAGCGACGAUGUGCAGGACCGCGAGACCGAGAAGAGUCGUCUGGAGGAGGCCUACGAGAAAUGCGACCGUGAUCUGGACCAGCUCAUCGUUCAGCACUACACGGAGCUCACCACGGCCAUCCGCACCUACCAGAGCAUCACAGAGAGGAUCACCAGCUCACGCAACAAGAUUAAACAGGUGAAGGAGAACCUGCUGUCGUGUAAGAUGCUGCUCCACUGCAAGAGGGACGAGUUGAGGAAGCUGUGGAUCGAGGGCAUCGAACACAAACACGUCCUGGAGCUGCUGGAUGAGAUCGAGAACAUCAAGCAGGUUCCUCAGAAACUGGAGUCCUGCAUGGCUAGCAAACACUACCUGCACGCCACCGACAUGCUGGUGUCAGCAGUGGAGUCUCUGGAGGGGCCUCUGCUGCAGGUGGAGGGUCUGAGUGACCUGAGGCUGGAGCUGCACAGCAAGAAGCUCAACAUUCAUCUAGUGCUGAUCGAUGAGCUGCACCGCCACCUCUACAUCAAGUCCACCAGCCGCGUAGGCCAGAGGGGCAAGGACAAAGGACGGCUCGGAGGGGCUACUUCAAAGGACUCGUCUAUUUUGGAAGUCAGUGGCAUGUCCACUCCGAGGAAACUCACCGAGACGUCCCAGUUCAGCACUCCGGCAGCCUCCAGCAUUCGAGAUUUGCAGGACGAUCUGGACGCAGACCCGGAAGAAAACAGCGCCGAGUUCAUGGGGAUCCUCAUCAAAGCUUUGGCCAAACUCAAGAAGAUCCCUGAGGCCAUUAAAGCCAUCAUGGAGCGCCUAGAGCCAGAACUCAAGCAGAUCCUUAAAAGAUCCACCACCCAGAUCGCAGAUCAUGCCUACCAGAGAGGAGAGAGCCUGGCACAGGACAACCAGCCGAGGCUGCUCCUGGAACUGCUGGAGCUUCUGUUUGACAAGUUUAACGCCGUGGCCGCGGCUCACAGCAUCGUACUGAACCAUCUGCAGCAGAUCGUUGUGUCUCCCAGUGGAGCUCAUGAGGGCAUCAAACUCUAUGAGCAGGCCGAUGUCUCUGCCAAGAUCCAGACUGUCCUACAGUUGCUCCUGAUGGACUACCUGGACGUGAAGAACACACGCAGCGCGGCCGAACCCUCGGCCCAGCUCUCUUACGCCAGCACCGGCGGAGACUUCGGAGCUUUUUUCGGCAAGAAGAAACCGCUUCGACCCAAACAGUCUCUGUUCAAGUUUGAGUCGUCCUCCCACGCCAUAAGCAUGAGUGCGUACCUGCGAGAACAGCGGCGAGAACUUUACAGCAAGAGCGGAGAGCUACAAGGAGGAGCGUGA